AUGCCGCGCUUUUCGGACUGGGCGAAGACGCGUGCGCGUGCGACGGAGGGGGAGGCGAAGACGAUGAGCAUCGCUGGCAUUCCUAUUGACACGGUGGUCCGGCAAGAGCUCCAGAACUUCUUGCUGGACAACAGCCGACUGAUGUCUCAUAGUUCCGGCUUGCGCUACCGAGCUUCCCCGGAUGGCGAAAAGAAUCAGUCCUUGAAGCCUGUGCCGUGGGGCAAAAGCAUUUGGGGCACUCUCGACGAAACGGGGGAAUGGCUGAAAGUGAAGCCUGGAAGAUAUCUCCCCGUGAGGGUGGACGGUGUGGAGGUGCUGAAAGUUGUGCCCGACGCAUCUGGCUACGUUUCGGAGGAGAAGGAGGAUGCGAAAGACUGUCGUUUGGGCUCUCUGAAGGUUCCAGACAAGUUCCGGCCCGCAGCGGAGCAAAGUUCCGUCAAUGGCUCCACCGGCUCGUGGUAUCAGAUCGUGGCGGAGCGUGUGGCGCUGCGGCAGGGGCCCUCGCUAGGAGCUCCGGCCAUCACGUCUGCCGCCAUUUGUUGCUCAGUUGGGGCACUGUUGUCCCUUGGCACCAUGAUUCACUAUGAACAUGGAAGUUGGGGCAUCUGCUUCCUCUGGCAAGUGAAAGGCUCCACCCUGCCCAAAGGCUUGGUUUGGGCUCUCCCUUGGGCCGCCGUCUCUGGAGGCUUGUGCUACCUGCGCGCCGAGGCGGGAGUCGGGAUCGAGCGGAUCGAUGCCGGCACACUGCUGGGAGCCUAUGGAUUCUUUAUCUCCCUGCUGGCCUUUAUGGUGGCCUUCAGAAACAACCAGGGAUGGUCCAGAUAUUGGGAGGGUGCCACCUUGCUACAGCAGACCAGGGGUGAAUGGUUCAACGCCAUCAGUAGCUGCUUCGCCUUUUGCAAUCCUCAACCGGAGCACAAGGAGAAGGUGGUGCAGUUCCAGGGACUACUGAUCCGCUUGAUGAGUCUUCUCUUCUGUUCCGCGAUCACUUCAGUCUCGGACCAAGAUGACUUUGAGGUCAUCGAUAUGAAGAGUUUGAAUCCGGCGUCCAUGGAUUUUCUCCUGACGGAUUUCCACAACAGUCACCACACUCGCUGUGAGAUCCUGAUGCAAUGGAUUCAACGAGCCAUUGUGCAGGGCCACUAUGAUCAAACUUUGACCAUCCCGGCGCCUAUUCUCUCGCGCACCUUUCAUGAAUUGUCGCGAGGCAUCGUGAACAUCCAAAAUGCCAGAAAGAUUAACGACUUGCCAUACCCCUUCCACUGUGCUCAGUUGCUGACCGUGAUGUUGAUCGUGUAUACUGCUGGCAUUUGUGUCGGUUCAGCUUAUGUCUUUGAGAUGUGGGAGAGUGCCUCAUUGGUGACUCUGUUGAAUGUGUUUAGCCUCUGGUGCGUCAACUACGGUGCGGUGGAAAUGGAACGUCCUUUUUGCGCGGGCAAUCAUGGACUCCCCCUUCACCGCGAAGUGCGCAGCAUGAAUGAAUGCCUUCUGAUCCUGAUGCUGGACCAAACCCAAACGGUCCCAAAAAUGCGAUCAGCUGCCAGCAACCGGGUGUCAGACUUGAUCACGACGCAGCCCAUUCUUGAUGGCAUUCCCGAAAACGAACUGGAGAGUUUUUUUGCUGCAGCCAAGCUAAGCAAAGCGGAACGGAGGUCGCGCAAUGUGACGUGUCUCUUGAAAGCCAGGGAGGAUGGGAGUCUCGACGAUUGCGAACUCAACGGUUGCGAAGCCGAUGAGGGUCUCCGGUGGCGCAAGGCGCAGCCAUUUCCCCCCGUGGAUUCCCUGAAGAAAUCGAAGAAAUCGUCGCCGAAGGAAGACCCAUGGUUUGCUGCAGAAAAUUGGGGCAGGACCCAGGAUCUAGGUGCCUCACUGGAGCUCUUCGGAUGGGAUGAAACCCGGCAGUGGCGAGAAUGUUUGGAACCCAGGACCAUGUUGCAGGGCUGGUUGCUGCUGGAACAUCCACAGCUCGGCCCUCUGGCGCGGCCCCAGCGCUUCGCCGACGGCGCCGAGUCCGGCGCCGAGUCCGGCGCCUGGCGUCCGGGGCCAGCGCUGUGCGAUGCGGCGGCGGAGGGGCGCCUGGAGGAUCUGAGGUGCUUCCUGCAGGACACUCAGGUGACGGUGGUGGACUGCCAGGGGCGUCGUCCUUUGGUGCUGAGCGCUUGCUACAACCACCUGCCAUGUGCGGUACACCUGUUGGAGGCCGGCGCAGAUGCUCGAGAGGCUCUGGAAGAAUGCGAACGCAGGGGUGUGGAACUGGACGUGAUGGCUGCAGCGCUCCUGACAGCCAUGGCUGGAGGUAAAGCCAAUCCAUCUGCUCUACAGCUCAUGUUGAACCGCCUGGAGGGUCGCGAGCGCUCUAUGGCAGAGGCGAUGCUGGCACGGCGCGAGCCCGGACGAGGCAUGAGCAAAGCCGAGCUGGUGGAUGCCAUGGACAAGGCCGGCCUAGAGGAGGUCGCCACAGAAGCGCCUCCCGACUCUCCCUUGAACCGGGCGGCUGAGGGCAAGGAAGCGGAGCCAGUGACUGAAGCGCCCGGGGUGCUCUACGAAGUCGCGUACCAAGCCAUCUGGAUCCGACAGUUGCCAGAUUCCAAGAGCGAGAAAUUGACCAAACGCAUGAAGAGCGACCGCUUUCGUCUGUUGGACUUUGAUGAGACUGGCAACUGGGGCAGGUUGAAGGUGGUCUUAACCUCCGGCGAAGUGGACGGUUGGGUGAUGUUGCAGCACCCCGAUCUGGGCGAGUUGAUCCGGAAGUGUGAAGAUGACGAUGAUACCGGCGGCCUUCUGAAGCCAGAGGAACUCUAG